GCGAUUCUACCCUUUCCGUACGCAAGAUCCAGGUUGUUUACUCUUGCAUGGAAACAAGGGUUUGCAUAUGUUCUGAAAGUUUGCAUUGAUCAACCGCACGCAGCUCUGAAGUCGUACGUGCGCGCGUAAAUCGCAAGAACAAUGACAGUUUCGAAAAAUUUUGGGUUGCUGAAAAUUGCUGUCAAACGCCCUGCAUCUCCCGAAUGAAUAACACAUUGUCAAAAUUUCUCGAUCAUCUUUCGAGCACUGAGCAUGUGAAUUUAUCCAAAGUUCAAGUUAAACACACGCCAGACGCUGGAUAUGGUCUGUUUGCUACGGAAGACUUCUCCGCUGACAUCGCCGAACCAAUGGUGACAAUUCCGUCCAACUUAAUUGUAACCGCGUCAAAAGCAUUGCAAUAUUUAAAGGAACAUAACCGUCAACAGUAUAACGAGCUAAAAGAGUUACCAAAGAAUAACAAGACAAUUGAACGUUACUGUAUACUGUUAUUUUUAAUCUGCGAAAAGAACGCUGCAACGCCAUCGUCGUGGAGAUACUACAUUGACAUUUUACCAACCUUAGACACAUUGAAAUCCUCACAAGCGUUCUUCUACCAGGAUGAAGAAAUGCAGUUCUUAGAAGGGACCUCCCUCCAUAAAUCCAUCAUGGAGCGACGAAGCAAUGUUUCAAAGCUGUUGAAGCAGCUUACAGCUCUGGUUCCAUCCGCAAGCAAUGUCUCCUUGGACGACUGGCAAUGGGCGGACAUGGUAUUUUGGACCAGAGUUGUUAGCAUCGACAGUCAAAAGCAAUCAAAGGAUAAAGAUUCAUCUGAAAUAACCCCUGACUAUGCCAUGGUUCCUCUCUUGGAUUUUGCCAACCAUUCUCUAGCGCCGAAUCUAAGGUGGGAGCUGGAUAGUGAAGGAAAUUUUCAACUUCUGGCACACAGUGAAGGAGGUAGCGCUGGAGAGCAGCUGUACUUCUCAUACGGCGACAAACCAAAUCAAGAAUUGCUAUUUCUUCACGGUUUCUGUAUACCAGAUAAUCCAAAUCCGGCAAAAUUCACUAUGUCAGUUAUACCUCUCAUGAUGAUGGACGAAGAUACUAUCGAACCCAAGAUGCGGUGGUUACAAGACAUUGGAGAGACACAUACGCUAACUUUGGAGAAAAAUCCUCAAGGUGACGAGCAUCCAUUGAUGAAAGCAGGUAUCACCAAGCACUCGGCAGCUCUUCUACAACUCGCUGUGCUCGACGUUGAUGAUCCGAUUGAUUUUAUACUAGAGGAUGACAACCUGGUGCUAUGCUUUGAAGGCAAGCCACAGGCUAGCUUAGAUGACUUGCUCGAAUCUGUCAGUCGCUACGAACUUUGUCCAAUUCAACACUUGAGAGCAUCUCUUCUUCUCUCUCAAGCUCUGGGUGACCACUACGAAAAGAUAGCGGAGACGACAGAAGAAAUGAAAAGCGCAUCUCAUUCAGACAACUCUGUUAUUCAGAACAUUCUCAUUUAUGCCUUGGAGGAACUUGCGCUUUUGGAAAAUGCCUUGUCUAUACUUCAAGACGUCCAAUCCGACCUUGGAAAGGAUCCUAGAGUCUUACAAUACAUUGCUGAUAGCCAAAGUGCAGAAUAACAGCAACAUAACUCCAAUAAUAUAGAUCCGCAAGGAAGGUUAGACGAACAUACACGUCCAUAACUCAUAAUCAUAGAAAUCUGUCGAUCAUGCUCAUCACAAUACAUAUA